AUGGGCUUAAGCAUGGGGUUUUUGACCCAGGGCCGACUGAUAACUUCUCCUCCGCGACUCACGGCGGCGGCCAAAACCUCCUUUUCUGAUCGAAUCCGUGACAGAGCCCAAACAUCCGAUCGACUUCUCUCUCCGCCAAAUCUCCAACGAUCUUUUCCAUUUCGUCUCAUCACCUUCGUUCGCGAUUUCGACGAUUCCAUUUACCUUAUCUUUGAUUCAUCUUUGCGAUUCGCCGAGGUUUACGAAGUAGAAGCGUUUAUUGGUGUUGUUGUUGUUGAAGGCUGCGAUGAAGAUGAUGCAGAUCGAGGCAGAAGCUACAUGAGGAUUGUUGCAGGUUUGGAAGAUGAUUGA